AUGACCCGACCAGCAUCAGACGAGCAGCCGGUCGGCGGCGAUUGUCUGCUAGCGGAGGAGUUCGGGGUGACAGUGGAGAGGCCAGCGAACAGCAGCGGGCACUCGGGCGGGUGGAUAGGGUAUGGGCUGGAGCUGGGGCAGGUGCAGGGCGCGCAGGGGGAGCAGCGGGUGGAGCUGUGGCCGCAGCAGGUGGUGGAGUAUGAUGUGGUGGCCGCUAAAACCAAGUCGUGCCACUUUGUCUGCGUGCUGCCGUUCCAUUCAAAGACCAAGACGGUUACCCUUUUGAAGGAAUACGCACAGGGAGCGAAUGCACUGGUGUACACAGUGCCGUGUGGGGGCUACACGGACAACCACACGUCCCUGGAGGACUGCGCACGCAGAGAGCUGUCUGAAGAGGCGAAGCUGUGUGGGGGGCAGCUCAUCAAGCUCGUGGAUGACGACCACCCUGGCCUGCUCGAGGUCAAGUGGUGCAAGAACCGCUUCACUCCCUUCCUCGUCAUCGAUCCUCAG